AUGAGAUUUAUUGGACUUAUUUUUGCUGUAUUGGCAAUUAUAAAAUUUAAUUUAGCAGCCCCCCUUAUUUCCUCUGAGGUGAAGGCUUCUAAUGAAUAUGGAACUAGAGAAAUAUUAUCAGAUGCUGUGCCAAAAAGAGAAGAUUUCAAUAGCAUAUUUGAAGAAGAUGAAAGCUUAGUCAAGAGAGAUGUUGCAGUAAUUACAGAAUUCUUUACUGCACUUAAUAAAAGCGAUUUAGUUGUUCCAGUUGUGAAAAUAUUGGCAACAAACAAAAUAACUGAACCUUUGUUAGUUCAGGCCAUUGUUGCUUUUCUUAAAACCCAGAAUUUGGCUGAUUUGCUUCAUUCAGUGGACGAGUCUGGACUCGCCGUUGAUAUCGUCCUUAAAGUGUUACAGGAUUCAACUUUUUUCCCUGGGUUAUUUAAUAUUGUCAAUGGCUUGAGAACUGGAGCGACUACUACACCUUCUAAGAGCUCAUUGGACACUGGAGCGUUAACAUCUGCUUUAAGCCCUAUCGUUCUGACAUACAGCAAAUACUCGGGUUUGAGUUCAAGUCUUAAUUCGGCAUUGGACAGUCUUGGAAUACUGACCUCUAGUAAUUCUGGACUCUUAUCGGUCUUGAAUCCAGCUUUAUCUUCUGUUGGUAUAAAAAAGGGAUCUACAGGUUCUACAAGUGGCGCUUCGACCUCUAGUUUAAACAAAUCGUCGGCAAAGGCAUCGUCAACAAGUUCCACAAAAGCCACUUCUACAACGGCUACAUCAAGUACUACGUCAUCACUGUCGUCAUCGCUGUCAUCAUCGCUGUCAUCAUCAUCUUCAGGAUACCUUGCCAGUCUUCUUGCGAAGAUUAAAGCGUCUUUCAAAAAGCGCGAUAGUGCUGCCAAUAUUAUCAAAAAAAGGGACAAUAAAGUUUUAGAUAGUCUAAUGGAAUCUUUGGAAAAAUCUGGAUUAGCAAUGUCAGUUGUAUAUCUGAUUGCCACUGAUCCUGAUAUGGCACCUUUUGCAAGAGAUUUAAUAACCCAGAUUGUUAAAAAACAGGCUAUCACAUUGGAUGGAUUACUGCUGGCUUUAGAUAGCACGAAUUUAUUGAAUGACGCAAUCAUUGACUCUCUCUCAAGUCCAAAGCUUGGUAUAACUAUCAACUAG